AUGCAUAGCCCCUGGGCAAGCGUCACCGAAUGCUACCAGAUGACGCCACGGAGAAAUAGGGUCAGCGCUGUGUCGUUACCCCGAGAGUCUGCGACCUGCGUUGCGACAGCACAGCGGCGAGGCGGGGGCCGCUGUCCCCCACUACCCGCACCUCACCGCAUCGCGGUCCUGCGCCCUCCUCGACUAAAAGUGCUCCCCACCGAUCAGCAUUCCGCACUCGACGCGAGGGCGAAGCGCACGCCCUAA